AUGCCAGCAGUGGCCAUUCACACGAUCACCAAGAAGCCUAUGUCUUGGCAUGAUAAUAUAGAAGAGCCGGCAGAUGCCAAGUUUCUGAAUCUUAUUCACCAUGCAGCACUGGAGCCAACAAAGAAAUAUUCAGAGCCACAAACUGAAAGCCAGGAAAUUGGCUGGAACACAACACCUUUGAUUCCCGUGGACCGUACUGAUUGCAGACUCUACUUCCCACGCCGGAGAACCGAGAUCACUAAAUAAAUGGCUGCCAUGGGGCACGGGGAGGAGCAGUCUGAGAACCUACAGUAGUAGAGUGGUAAAGCCACACAACUUAGAUAGAAGCAGUUAAUGACAUCUAGUAUGUUAGGCUCUGCUUGUUAUUAGGCGAGUCUGGUAGAUUUCUGGCAAGAGAAGAUAGUGAGAAAAGGGAAGAGAGAACCUCAGUCUGUCCAGAUUUGCAGCCUGACAAUAGUUACAGAAAUAAA